AUGUUUUUAAGAAAAUCAAUUCAAACUUUAUCUCAAAGAUAUUACUCCACUUCUAACAUCAAGUCUGUUGGUGUUAUUGGUGGUGGUCAAAUGGGAUCUGGUAUUGCCCAAGUUUUAGCACAAGUUGCAAAGAGAAAUGUUAUCCUCGUUGAUCUUAAUAAAGCUGUUGUUGAAAAAUCAUUAAUCAAUAUCAAUGGUUUCUUACAAAAGAGUGUUGCCAAAGGUGUAAUCACUGAAGAAGAUAGACAAAGUACUUUAAAAAGAAUUUCAUUCUCUGAUGAUCUUAAUUCUUUAAAAAAUGUUGAUUUUGUUAUUGAAGCAAUUGUUGAAAAUACAGAAAUUAAAUGUAAUUUAUUUAAAGAUCUUUCAAAAAUUUGUAAACCAGAAGCAAUUUUAGCAUCAAAUACAUCAUCAAUUUCAAUCACACAAAUUGCAUCAAAUACUAAUAAUCCACAAAACGUUAUUGGUAUGCAUUUUAUGAAUCCAGUACCAAUUAUGAAAUUGGUUGAAGUUAUUCCAAGUCUUCAAACUAAUGAUGAGACUCUUAAGACUACAAUGGAAUUAGCUGCUGAAAUGAAUAAAACUACAACCCUCUCUAAAGAUAUGCCAGGCUUCAUUGCUAAUCGUUUAUUAAUGCCAUACAUUAAUGAAGCAGUUCAAGCAUUACAUGAGGGUUUAGGUACUAGAGAAGACAUUGAUACCACCAUGAAAUUAGGUUGUAAUAUGCCAAUGGGUCCAUUAACUUUAGCUGAUUUCAUUGGUUUAGAUACUUGUUAUUCAAUUAUGAAUAUUCUUCAUACUCAACUUGGUGAUAAAUAUAAACCAUCACCAUUAUUAAAAAGAUAUGUCGAAGCUGGUAGAUUAGGUAAAAAAGUUAAACAUGGUUUCUACACUUAUUAA